AUGCCUCUCCGCCUCUUCCCCGCCGUGGAUGCCGACGCAACGCGUGCCUUCGAGAUCGAGCAUCUCGCUUAUGCCAAUGUCGGCGAUCCUAUCAGCUCUCUAAUGUUCCCCGGUCCAAUGCCUGCUGAUGCCAACGACAGACGCGCAGAGGACGUGCUCAACGAGAAGGCCAAAGACCCAAGUACGGUCUGGAUGAAAGUUGUUGAUGACGAGCUCGACGGUUUAAUGAUUGCAUUUGCCGAAUGGCACGUCUAUUCGGUGCCAGGUGCGGUACCCGAGCCGAAAAUUCGGUCUUUCGGUCCAGGCUCGAAUCCGGAGGUCUGCGAGUGGUUCCUUGGGACAAUGGACCGGAGGAGGACGGAGCUGAUGGGCGGGAAGCCACACAUCUUUCUGAAGUUCCUGCAUACUGAUCCGGCACACCAGAAGCGAGGAGCUGGCAGCAUGUUGAUCAGGUGGGGACUGGAGAAGGCCGAAGAGAUGAAGCUGCCAGCGUAUCUGGAGGCUUCCAAAGUGGGCAAACCGCUGUAUCUCAAACACGGCUUCAAGGAGAUCGAUCGUAUCGAGUAUGAUCUCAGCAAAUUUGGCGGCGAAGGCAUUGAUGUUGUGGUCAAUAUGCUCAAGCCGUACUCCGAUGAGCCAUGA